CGGCAGGUGGGAGGGAAAAAGUCGCCUUCCGCACCAAUAGCUGAGGCGUUCCGGGUUGUCCAGGGACGCUACCCUCUCGUGUCUGGUUCUGAGUGCUGCGUUCUGGCGUGCUGGAAAGUUGCGCAGACAGUGGCGGUGAGACGCUGCCUGCCUGAGGAGGCCUCGGUUGGACGCGAAGGAGCUGCAGUAUCCAGGGGACAAGAUGCCAACUGCCAAGCAGCUAGCUGACAUUGGUUAUAAGACCUUCUCUUCCUCCAUGAUGCUCCUCACUGUGUAUGGGGGGUACCUCUGCAGUGUCCGAGUCUACCACUAUUUCCAACGGCGCAGAGCCCGGCGCCAGGCCGCAGAAGAACAGAAGACCUCAGGAAACCUGUAGAACUGAGGGGCUUUUUCUCCUGAGCAAAGAGGCCCAAGGCAUGCUGUGGAGAGACCUCAUCUGCCACCAUUUCCAAGUCAAGAGGACUAGAGCCUUGAUGGUUUUCAAACUCUGUUGGAAGAAGGUGCCUAUGGUUUCUCUGGUUCUGCCAGUCUGUGCCAGUUUGACAGUUUGUGGAGGCUGUUGUAUCAUAAUAGGAGUAUGAGGGUGAGGUACACCUACAGACAUUAAAUAUUUUGCCAUGUCUGUG